AUGCAAGAUGGAACUAUUUCAGCUCUUCCAAGAAGACUUCAAGCAGUUCUACAAACAAUCUUCGGUCUCACGUCAGAAGCAAUCAACCGGCGCUGUACGCACAUCGGGUUGCUUUUUGACAUCUCGACCGUUAGACGUGCUCGCGUCAACUUAGACGAUGAUAUUGGUACUUCAGAAGACUUUAGUGAAGAAACAGAAGACCGCAUCGAUCAAGCGGUAAAUAAAUAA